ACGUCUCCCCCGUGGGGUUCAGUGGAAGUGGACUCCUCGGUUUAUUGUAAAUUUUGUAUUAUAGAGUUCGCCAUUGCGUCAUUUAACAGUCUUUGAUUGUUGCAAGCAUUGUGUUUUGUUUCAUUUUUAUUUUGUUGUUGUAGUUCGUAAAGAUAAAUAUCGAGGUUUGGUGCAAGUCCUCCUACGAGUGUAAUGGUACAUUCCAGCGUCGUUUUAAUGGGGAAGAGGAGUUGAAUCGUUAGCGCCACAUAAACUUGACCUAAAGAGGAAUGAAUUCAACCUGUCUUUUCUACGCCUUUUGGACUCUGGCAGUUUUGUUAACAACAUGUCAGCAUGGGAACGCCGAAGAAUGCAAAAGCGGCAUGUAUCCUCCUCAAGGAUCGACGUUUAAAGGGGUGGUUCCGUGGUACACAGUCAAUCUCGAUGAGAACCCCGUUAAUAGAUGGGAUGCCGUGGUGAAAGAGAGGAAAAAUGAACUGGCAGCUAUGGUACAGGCCAUAAAGGAUCUAGCAAACAAUUUGUUUCCCAGUGGGAAACUUAUGCUCCUGGUGGAUGAUGUCUUGCCACUGAUGUUGGAUACGCUACCCUACCCAUUCAACCAAGAGAUCCUUGGCAUAUCCUUAGCUUCGGGAGUUCCUGUUGGAGAAAUCCUCCUCUUCAACAUCUUCUAUGAGGUCUUUACCGUGUGCACAUCUGUGGUUGCAGAGGACGCAAAUGGUACUUUGUAUCAUGCACGAAAUCUGGACUUUGGUCUUCUUAUGGGAUGGAAUCACAAAAACCAUUCCUGGACACUUACUGACGAGCUGAAGCCUCUCGCCGUGAACUUGGACUUCAAGCGCAACAACGUCACUGUGUUCAAAUCCACCAACUUUGCAGGCUAUGUUGGCAUGUUGACCGGGGUCAAACCUAACAUGUUCACCCUGACCAUGAAUGAACGCUUUAACAUCGACGGGGGAUAUAUAGGAAUCCUGGAGUGGAUCAUGGGCAAGCGAGAUGGGAUGUGGAUGGGUUUCCUCACACGCACUGUUCUAGAGAAUGCCACCAGUUAUGAGGAUGCGAAAAGCCGCCUAAGCCUCACCAAGCUCCUGGCUCCCGCCUACUUCAUCCUUGGGGGAAACCAGACUGGGCAGGGCUGUGUCAUCACCAGAACAAGACUCAUCGCACUCGACGUCUAUGAGAUUAAGCUGAAGCUGGGCAGGUGGUACGUGCUGGAGACCAACUACGACCACUGGGACAAGCCUUUCAUCCUAGAUGACCGCAGGACUCCCGCCAUGAGGUGCAUGAACAAGACCACACAGGCUAAUAUUUCCCCUAAAACAUUAUAUGAUGUCCUGUCAACCAGACCAGUCCUGAACAAGCUGACGACCUACACCACUCUGAUGGAGGUGUCCACUGGCAGCCUGGAGUCCUAUCUCAGAGACUGCCCCGAUCCCUGUAGCCCAUGGUGAUGAGGAGGGAGUACAGCUCAGGGGUGCAUUUCCCUGAAACCAUAGUUGCUAACUACGUUAGCUACUUUCUUGUUUUGCAAUGCAAUUAUCCGUUGACCACCACUCACCAAGUUGCUAACUUGCUUACAACCAUGCUUUCGAGAAAUGCACUCCAGAGUUGCCUGGGGCGUAUAGAUCUAGACGGCACGUCUGGCCUACCCAGCGAAGCUGCUUGCUUUCCCCCUCCGUUUCCUCCACCCAUGAAGGGGAAAACGGUUAGCUUCGCUGGACUGGCCAAAUGUGAUGAGGAAGUACAGCCCAGUUACAGUUGUCUGGGGCCUAUAUUGCCCUACAAAGGCAAAGGGCAGUAACUACAUAUUUUAUCAAAAUUGAGAUUAGACUGAAAAUGUGAAGUAUGAAAAGUCUUCAUAAUGCCUUUUUGGUCCAGAUGCGUCCCGUUUUAGAGAUCUUGCUAUGUCAACUUUGCAGUAACUUCAAUAUCCAACCUAAUACCAAUACUUAAAGGCAUUUUCUCAGUUUAAAUGAUUCACAUAGUUACUGCACUUUGCCUUUUAUAGGGCAGUAUAGAUCCAGUUAGCACAUCUGGCCUGCUCAGCAGAGCUGCUUGUUUUCCCCCUCCGUUUCUGUGCCAACGGACAGUGAUUGGCACUCUAAGACCAGCGGGUGGAGGAAAACGGUUAGCUUCACUGGGCUGGCCAGAUGUACCGACUGAAUCUAUUCUAAGAAGAUGAUCAGCUUGUGUGUGUGUGUGUGGGGGGGGGGGGAUUUCCAAGAAGCUGGUUAGGUGAUAAACUUGGCUUAGUUCACCUACAGGUAGUGGUAAACCUCCUAAUGGGUGGCCCACCGUGCCAUUAAUAAGGCCUCUUUAGGCUCUUCUAUUAGAUGAUUUACCACUUACCGUAACCUGUUGUACUACUUAGUCAGGUUCGUGGAAUACCCUUUGGUUCCAUUUGGAGCGGCCUGGGGCAUAUUUUUAAAAAAAGAUGGUUUAGUGAUUGACUUAGGGGGCGGGGGUAUUCCAAGAAUGGGGUUCAGUGGCAACUAAGCACUGCCCCCUCUGAGCUGUAUCCUUCUCAACGCCCCCCUAGAGUUCUCCAACGCCCCAUGGGGGCUGUACCGCCCCCGUUGAGAAACACUAAGUUAAGAGGUAAAUCAUCUAAAUGAUUUACCUCUCAACUUAACCUGGUACCUGGCCCCAUCUUAUGUUAACAUGGCGGUAUUGGUAAAUCGGCUAAUAAAAGAGCCAGAAGUCCUCACUUUCUUAACCAAAUGACACGUGCAGGUGAUCUAUUAGUAGGUUUGCCACUUGCUGUAAGUUAACUUCGCCAUGGGUAUCUCUUAGCCAUGUUCUUGGAAUACUCCCAGCUUAGUUUACCCAGAUGAGUCGUAAACCACAUGAUAGAACCACAGGUUUCUUGUAUUAACUAAGCUUUACCAACUUGCUCAGAUAAGAGUCUAAACCUGUGCUUUGGAAUAUGCCCCUGCUUUAAAAUGGUCUGGCUAGUGGGAUAACUUGAAGAAAUGCAUUAUGGAUUUGAAAUGGUCAUGUUUUUGCUAUCUGGUCUGAAUGUCGGCGUGCCACAUUGGAGAUGUUGACAUUUGAUCCAAAACGACGUCAUUUCAAAAUUACUAUGGGUCCAAAGUGCAUUGGAUACUGCCGGAGAGCUUCCAAUCCAGGCCCGUUUAAAUCACACAAGGCUGGAUGUAGCUGGAUCCCUGGUCAUCUCAAUAGAUUUUGAAGUGUCAAACCAUCUUGGGCCUAUAUUUAGAAGCCGGUUCAGGAUUAAAUCAAUUUAAGAGGUAAAUCAUCUAAUAGAAGAGCCUGGAGUCCCCAUGAGGAAGACUCCAGGCUCUUUUAUUAGAUACAUUACCGGUACCUCUUAACUUAACCCGUUUUAUUCCUGAACCAGCUUCUUAGUAUAGGCCCCUGCCCAUCUCAAUAGAUUUUGAAGUGACAUUGAGUCCAAUGUUUUGGAAAUAACCUUUACUUGUGUCAUAUGUUUCUGUUCUACCUCUGCAAGUCACCUGGUUACAGUGCUAAACCUUUCAGCUAAUGCUUUCCCCUCAACACGUGUCUUUGCCAAACAUGUAUGUAAAUAAACUUUGAUACGUCUACUGUCUUGGAAAUAAAACAAAUAUUUAUAUGUGA